GGCCGUACACUGUAAUCAUUAACUACUUCACAAAGCUCGUGGAUAAAUGCCAGAGCUUUUGUUGGCAGUCUGAGAUGGAGAGACAGAACAACAGAGGUGACCGUGAUGAGGUGGCAGUCCCAGGACUGGCCCUGCAGAGACAGAUUGGGCUGUGGAGUGCUGUGUCCAUGGUUGCUGGCUGUAUGAUCGGCUCUGGCAUUUUCAUGUCCCCACAGGGGGUGUUGGUCUACAUGGGCAGUCCCGGGGCCAGCCUGGUAGUGUGGGCGGUGUGUGGCCUCCUGGCUAUGCUGGGAGCCCUGUGCUAUGCUGAGCUGGGGGCCCUGUUUCCUGAAGCAGGCGGGGAGUAUGCCUAUAUCUUGCGCACAUUCGGCUCCUUGCCGGCCUUCAUGGCCAUUUACCUGUUUGAGCUGAUGAGAAAACCAGCUGGGGUUGCUGCUGUCUCUCUGAGCUUGGCUGAAUAUGCACUGGCUUCCUUUUACCCGGGUUGCCUCUCCGUGCCCAAGGCUUUGGUCAAGAGCGUGGCUGCUUCCUGCAUCCUGGGGCUGAUGCUGGUCAACCUGUGGAGCACACGACUGGCUACCAUGCUGACAAAUGUGUGCUUGGCCGCUAAGCUGUUCUCGCUGCUGGUCAUCGUAGGGGGUGGGGCUGUUGUGCUGGGUCAGGGCCAGAGCCACCCAGAGGCGUUUCAGUUUGCCUUCCACAACACCACACACCAGUUGGGAUGUGUUGGCAUGGCUUUCUACCAGGGACUGUGGUCUUUUGAUGGCUGGAGUAGCAUUCACAAUGUGCUGGAAGAGCUCAAGAAUCCAAAGAAGAACCUGAUACGGGCACUGACAAUCGCCAUCCCCCUGGUCACCAUCUUAUACAUCCUGGUCAAUAUCAGUUACCUCCUGGUGCUGUCACCUCGUGAGAUCCUCUCCUCUGAGGCUAUAGCUGUGAGCUGGGGGAACCAGGUGCUGGGCUCCUGGGCCUGGAUGAUCCCUGUGGCUGCCACACUUUCAGCGCUGGGUUCUGCCAAUGUGGUGCUCUUCAGUGGCAGCCGUGUGUGCUACGCAGCUGCAAGAGAGGGCCACAUGCCCCAACUUCUGUCCAUGGUCCAUGUGAGUCACCUCACCCCAGCACCUGCCCUGAUAUUCUCUGCGGCCCUGGCUUUGGUCCUGGUCAACCCAGGGGACUUCAGGACCAUCGUGAAUCUCUCCAGCUCCCUGUCCUGGCUCACCUAUGGCCUCACCAUCAGCUGUCUUCUGUACUUGCGGAUGAAGACAAAGAAUCUUCCCCGAACUUACAAGGUUCCCACCUUCAUUCCCGCCUUCAUGAUCCUGGUAGCUCUUUAUCUGGUGCUGGCACCCAUUGUUGACCACCCACAGCUGGAGUUCCUGUACAUCUUCCUGUUCCUGAUCAGUGGCUUCCUGGCGUAUUUCCUGUUUGUCUACUUCCAGUACCAACCCAGGUGUUUGCAGUUAGCCACCCUGCAUCUCCAGCUGCUCCUGCAGGUUGCUCCAACCACCAAACACUGACUGAGGGACUGGACUUGCUGUAGACCCUGCUCUUCCGUGAUCUCCUGUCUGAAUACAAAUGACAUUUUUAUUGUAUUGUUGCUGUUUGCAACAUAGGUGUCCCUUCCUUGGGAUUUUUGGAAUGAAGAUUCUGUGGUCUUAUUAUAGGCUUUAAGUAAUUGCUGGAGCUGAAGAAUUAGACACUCUGGAGUUUAUAUGGGGUCAUCUUUCAUCGUGUGGGCAGAGAAGUAGAAAAAACUGCUGUAUCGAUCCCCUGCACCACAUGCCACACUGGCCCGACCCUCUGGGCACACUGAGCUGGCCACUGAGUCCAGGCGUGGUGG